UCAGUUGCCUAUAACCUUUUUCUUAUGGGGUGAAUGACCUGUCAAAGGGAGGAAAUAAAAUUGAGACACAAAAGCUAGGAGGAGUGGAGAGACACAACAUCUCACUUGCAUGUGACUGUGCCAUUUAAGUGGGAGGAGGAGCAGGAGAAGGACAGAGCUCACAAACAAGCCAGUGGAAUGUUCAACAGGAGGAUUGUGUGACACCACCUCUGCACAGAAUGAUAUAAAUAGAGGCAGAACACUAAACUGAAAGUCAGAUUUAUCAUCAACAUACUCAUUCGGCAACACGUCAAGCCAGUCUGAGUCUACCAAGGAAAAAAAGACAACUUUCUUAAAGGCUUAAACAUACUAGAAGUAUCGGAUAUAAAACUUGAUUUCUUUUCCCUUUUUUUCUUCAAGAAAAGAGCUGAUCUGAGCAGCUGGCAUGGAUUACCAGUCAAAUAUUAUUAGAGAGUCCAAUCCAAUGGAGAAUCUUGAAAAACAACUCAUCUGUCCAAUAUGCCUGGAGAUGUUUACUAAGCCUGUGGUAAUCUUACCUUGUCAGCACAACCUUUGCAGAAAGUGUGCAAAUGAUGUCUUUCAGGCAGCCAAUCCAUACUGGACCUCCCGUGGCACCAACAUCUCUGGAGGUCGCUUUCGCUGCCCUUCCUGCCGUCAUGAAGUCAUCCUGGACCGACAUGGAGUUUAUGGGCUGCAGAGAAACCUGCUAGUGGAGAACAUUAUUGACAUUUACAAGCAGGAGAGUACUAGGGUAGAUCAGAGGCCUCUGAAGAAGUGUGAUCAGCCCAUGUGUGAGGAGCAUGUGGACGAGAGGAUUAACAUUUAUUGCGUGACCUGCCAAGUGCCGACCUGCUCCAUGUGCAAAGUGUUUGGAGCACAUAAAGACUGUGAGGUCUCACCCCUUGAGAAUGUGUACCAGAAUCAAAAGACUGAACUCAGGGAGAGCAUUGGCACCCUAGUAAGCAGCAAUGAUCGUGUCCAGGCCAUCAUAAGCCAACUGGAAGAGACAUGCAGAUUUAUCACAGAAAACAGUCAGCUUCAGAAGCAAAGACUUACUGAGAAGUUUGAUCUCCUCUAUGCCAUCCUCGAGGAGAAGAAGAAUGAACUCCUGCAAAAGAUUAGCGAGGAGCAGGAGGAGAAAACCAACUACGUGCGAGGCCUGAUCCAGCAGUACAAAGAGCAGCUUGAAGGAAGCGCCAAGCUUGUGGAAAAAGCCAUUAACUCUAUGGAUGAGCCAGGAGUGGCAAGCUUCCUGCUGAAUGCCAAGGAUCUCCUUAAGAACAUAACAGAUGCUUGUAAGCAGGCACAGGUACAACAGAUUGAACCAGGAUUUGAAAGUAUGGAUCACUUCGCCCUGAGCACUGAGCAUGCAGAAGCCAUUUUACGGAACAUGGACUUUGGGGAAGAUGAAGAUGAAGAAUAUGAGGAAGAGGAGGAGAGACAAGAGGAUGUGGAAGACAAUGAAGGGGAAAUGGCAGAGGAUGGCCAAGCUGAUGGUACAGUAAAUAAUCAGGCUGGUCUGUUCACUGCUCAGAUCCCAGCUGAAUAAUAGGACCUUCAGAGACAUCUUGAAGCCAUACUCAAAGUAUCCUAGGCCUACUGCCAACUCAACUACAAGAAAAGGGUGCAUGAUUAGGUGGAUUCACCACGACUUGUGAAGCCCAGUGGCGCUUGAUGAAGAAACAAAAAUGGAGGUCAUCAAAUAAGUUGGUGUUUUACUGUCACUGAUCAGUGCAGCAAAGCUGGCUGAUCAGACGUGAAAGUGAAGAGAAGCAAAGUGACCACGUACGACUGAUGCUGGUCAUCUUCUUAACAAGAGACUGUAAAGCUACGAUUUAUUUGUUUUCCUCUCAGAGUGGAAAAUUCACUGCAAUUUCCAGACAAUGGACUCUUUUUAUACCAGGUGCAAAAUGAACUGUUUUGUACAUUUUAUAUAUUAUUUUUGUACUGGAUAUCUUUGGAACAACAUGUUUUGUAUUGAAAUGAAAUAAAUGAAUCAUUUGCAGGUUGUAUCUGAGCCAAAAUGGACUUACGUGAUAGAGCCUGUUUAGUUACUGUAUUGCUACGGCUUUUGUCAUUGCACUUUGGCAAGUAGAUUUAGGGACACAAUUUCCCUGCAGUGUUCCCACAGAGAAUGCAUGCUGAUUUUUUAUUAUUAUGAUGAUGAUGAUGAUGAUGAUGAUGAUGAUGAUUCUUAUUAUUUUUCCAGAUUGUUCAGAUUUGUAAAAUAAUCAGGGAUAAAUGUAAUGACUUGAAUUAAAAAUGUAUUCAGGUUUCACUUUAUUUUUUCUGUAAUACUGAAAUUGUAUUUAUUGUGUAGAGAGGUAAAUAAACAAUGGCAUACAA